AACCCACGUUGCCAGGAAGGCUAAUCAGGCCAGCCUUGCCCUGUCUAUCCGCACACUGCAGGCCACUGACUUCACCCAUUACACACAGCCUUCUUGGGAAGGGAGAAGCCCUGCAAGCCCAGCUUCGUGGAGGAAGCGGGCUGUGGGCAGAUGCACAGCGCUCAGAGGGCGGACAGCAGGAUGGUGCUGAGCAGGACGGCGGAUGUGCCACUGUGACAGGACAGCCUGGCCUAAGGAGGGGCUUCUGACAGUGUCCCAGAGAGCAGAUGUUGGUGGGGAGGCAGCGGGCACCUCCAUCAACCACUCCCAGAUGCUGCUCCAACGCUUGCAGGAGCUGUUGCGGCAGGGCAACGCCAGCGACGUGGUUUUGCGGGUGCAGGCUGCAGGCACCGACGAGGUCCGAGUCUUCCAUGCCCACCGCCUGCUGCUGGGACUGCAGAGUGAGCUGCUCCGGGAGCUGCUCACUAACCGGAGCGAGGUGGUGCUGCAGGAGCCCCGGGACUGUGCUGCCGUCUUUGACAAGUUCAUCAGGUAUCUGUACUGCGGCGAGCUGACCGUGCUGCUGGCCCAGGCCAUCCCCCUGCACAGGAUGGCCACCAAGUACGGCGUGGCCUCCCUGCAGCGGGGCGUGGCCGACUACAUGCGCGCGCACCUGGCGGGCGGCGCAGGCCCGGCCGUGGGCUGGUACCACUAUGCGCUGAGCACCGGGGACGAGGCCCUGCGCGAGAGCUGCCUGCAGUUCCUGACCUGGAACCUGUCGGCCGUGGCGGGGAGCGCCGAGUGGGGCGCCGUGAGCCCCGAGCUGCUGGCGCAGCUCCUGCAGCGCUCGGACCUGGUGCUGCAGGACGAGCUGGAGCUGUUCCACGCGCUCGAGGCGUGGCNUCACAUGGUCAUACCCACUGGCGUGAGCUUCCAGAAGACCGUGCUGGUGGGGGCGCGGCAGCAGGGCCGCCUGCUGGUCCGCCACGCCUACAGCUUCCACCAGAGCAGCGAGGAGGCCGGCGACUUCCUGGCGCACGCCGACCUGCAGCGGCGCCAUUCGGAGUACCUGGUGGAGAACGCGCUGCAUCUGCACCUCAUCGUCAAGCCCGUCUACCACACCCUCAUCCGGACCCCCAAGUAGCCUCCGGAUGGGCAGAUAAAGGCCUGGCCCAAAUGGCCAGUGGGUCUGGGAGGUGGCUCCAAGCUUGGCUCCCCGGGGCGGAAUCUGGGCGAGGGGUGGUAGACCAGAUGCCUGGUCUCAGGAGCCAAUUUCUCGGUUCAUUUGAAGGCAGCCUUCUUGGUCCUGAAUAAACCAAUGCUCGGAGA